UUUUAAUGCUAUAUCAGUGCAAGUGUUGAAAGAAAGUAUAUUCAUGAAAAAACCAAAAAUGCAUUCUCAAAGUACAUUUUCGAUAACGCUUACUUUGAUUUUUUUAUUGAUGGCUGGCCAAAUUUCAAUUUAUGGAGAAAACAAUGUAGAAGAAACGGAAAUUAAAUCACUCACGUUUGAAAAUGAUAUCUGUUCCAUUUAUGAUAACUCUAAAAUAAUUGAUUCUGUGCUUUUUGAAAGAAAGUACAAGCCGUUGGUAGUAAUUAUAGCAGAAAAAUUCAUUGACGGUAUAAACAGAGUUAGAAAUUUAAGUGCGAGCAAAAGAGUAUUAAAUAAUUAUUGGAUCAUGUACAACCCUUAUUAUAGGCAGUUACAUCAAACUAUAUUGGGAAAUAUUUAUUUACUACAAGCGAACGACACAUAUUAUUUUAUUUAUCCAGUAGACUUUCAAGACCAUUUAUUGACCAUAUAUUCCCAAAAGAAGUUAUUAAAGGACAAUUUAGGCAUAACCUUUGAUUUUGUUAAUGUAAAGAAAGAGUCUUCUUUCUAUGAAGAUAUUUUAAUUCCAUUGGAACCAAGCUGCACCAAUUGCCCUCUUGUAAAUUAUGUAAAGGAAAAACUACAGAAGGGUGAGAGCUUCGCAGAAUUAUUCCAGUUACGUAAACAAUUAUUCAAAGAACAAAAAACAAAAAACUUAUCUUUUAAUGCAUUCGAUAAUGACAACAUUUGUGCUUCGAUGGGAUUCAACUUAAAUUCUCAAAGUUUAAAUUCCUAUUUGCGUUUUAACUUAUUACUGAAGCAAAUUCAAAGCAAAAGCAAGAGUAUAGAAAAAAUUAAAAAAAGAAGUACUGUAGAAAGAAGCUUAACUUGCUUUCAGUCUAGAAAUUUCGAAGUGACAGAAGAUCAAUUUUUGAGUUAUGUUAGCGGUGUAAAAGAUGUUAUGGUCAGCAUUGAUUAUUUGAAUUGGAUCAAUAACACUAUAUCUUCAUUGAAAAGCAAUGAUAAUUCAUUUGGCGGUCUUUGUGAAAAUGAACACAAAAUAGGCACAUUUAAAUUAUUUUGUUUUAUAACAGGAAUAUCAGAAGUUACAUCUCACAACACAGCAGCGUGGAUAGAAGCCCUAAAAGAAUAUGUUGCAAAAUCAUUGAUAGGCAAACUAUCUUGGUUUAACAGAGUGAUAUUUUUGUAUAAAAAAGAAUAUUUUUUUAAAAACAAUUCCAUUUUUUCCUUACUUUAUGUUCUUAAACGGAGAAUGCUAUAUUCAAGCAACAAUUGGAGAAAUGUAAUGAAUAUUACAUAUAAUAUUGUUAAGGAUUCUCUGGGUGCAAAUACUAAUUACAAUGAUGACCUUAUGUUCUCUUCAACCUGUACAAUUUACAAACAUUGGAAAACAAUUGAUGAUCUACUUCUUGCGGUGAAAUUCAAGAGAUUAGUGAUAAUCGUGACAGAGAGUAUGAGAGAAGGAAUUAGAACUGUUAACCAAAUAAGAGCUAGUAGAGUAGAACCGAAAGUAAAACGAGAAGAUCUUCAUUAUUCAGAACAGUUUUUGUACGAUUUCAUAAUGAAACAUAUUUAUUUGGUUCAAUCCAAUGAUACUCAUUAUUAUGUCUACCCAACGACUAUCAACAGACAAGAAAACCCAUUGAUUGGCUAUUUUGAAUACAACAUGAUUAAAGAUUAUUUAAAUGUUGUAUUUUAUUUUGUAAACUCUAGGAAUUAUUUUUCUCGUAAUGAAUCAAGUUGUAUUAAUGAUUAUGAUUCGGUUAUUCCUGCGCUACUCGAUUAUCGUGACAUAUCUUCAGGAAACAGUGAGACGCGCUUUAUAAAUCCCGCAUAUUUAAUUAAAGUUCAUCAAGAUUUUUUUAACCGCUUUCCAAAAUAUUUUACUUUAUAUGCUUUCAUUUACAAUGAUUUGACACAAUUUGUGAAUAAUUACGAUCAACAUUAUAGAAGCCAUGGUAACAUUACAUACUUUCAGGAAUUUCGUAACUUUUUGAAAAAACAACAAAUUUCUUUUGACAGAAACUAUUUAUUUACUGAUUUGUCGUGCUUAUAUUCGAGAAAAUUAAAUAAUAGAACCGAUAUAGAUUUUAGUAUGACUAAUUUAGUUAAUAUUGCGUACUUCAAUGAUCUUUUAUAUUAUGCUUAUAGCGACAUUAUAUCAAUAAAUGAUACGGAUAAUACGAAUUUAUAUUCUCUUUGUAGUAAUAGAGAAAUUUUUAAAUUUCUCAAAUUCUUUUGCUUUUUAAAAAUAAAUUAUAUUGAUGAUAUGAUAAAAGUUACUGAUCAGAAAUCUGUCUAUGUUUUCAAUAUGAAAGGAAUGGUUAACAAUGAAAAAAAUCUUAUUAUGAAAUAUUUGAUAAACACAAGUGGUUGGCUUCUUAAAUUAUAUUUAAUGCAGUACAAUGAUUAUAAGUAUAAUGAAACUCGAAUGUUUAAAGAAUCAGAUGCUCUUUACUCUCAAAUUCCAAAGAUUACAUUCAAUGAUGCUGAUUUGUCUAACAAAAUCUAUUCGAUUCUUAAAAACAAUACAAUUUUUUUGCAAUGUGAAAAAUUUCGAUUUGUUGCUACCAAAGAAACCACUUCAAAUGGUGAUGAUUCGUCAACAGAAAAUUAUUUAGUAUUAAGUAAAAAUAAAACUUCUCCUAAACUUCAAGAAGCAGAUCUUAUUAAAGAGCAAAGAAAAAAAUUGUGUCUUGUACCUAGUUAACAUGUAAGCUUGCAGGAAACCUGCUUUGUAAAUUUUCUGCAAGUAGCAAAAUGUCCUAACUCCACAGAAUGUAAUGUAAUAAUAUUGAAUAAUAAAUAUAAUUUU